AUGGCCGCUGGGUCGUCUUCUUCUUCCUCCGGAAACUCCUCUUCCCACUUGCACCUAUGCUUGCUCUUCUUCUACUUCUUCCUCGUGUUCCUCUUCUGCGGCGGCGGAGGCUUUGUGGGGGUGGCGAAUGCUCGGCCUGUUUCGUCGAUCGUCAGCGAGGCGACAUAUAACUCGCUAUUCCUGCACAAGGACGACAGCGUCUGCCCCGCCAGGGGGUUCUACCCCUACUCCGCCUUCGUCCAGGCCACCCGCCGCUUCCCUCUCUUCGGCGCCUACGGCGACUUGGCCACCCGCAAGCGCGAGGUCGCCGCUUUCCUUGCCCAGAUCUCCCAUGAGACCACCGGUGAGGAAGAAGAAGGAGAAGAUCAUUAUCCUCAUCAUCAUCGCUCUCUCUCUCUCUCUCUCUCUAUCUAUCUAUCUAUCCAGCUAGCUAGCUACCUACCUGCCUACCUAUCUAUCUCGCUCUCUCUCUCUCUCUCUCUCUCUGUGCUUGACUGGUUUAGGGAUGGGUUCCAGGGGGGUGGGCGACGGCGCCGGACGGACCAUACUCGUGGGGCCUGUGCUUCAAGGAGGAGAUAAGCCCCCCAAGCAACUACUGCGACUCCACCAAUACACAGUGGCCCUGCUUCCCCGGCAAGUCCUACAACGGCCGAGGACCCAUCCAGCUCUCCUGGUAACACCCUCUCUCUCUCUCUCUCUCUCUCUCUCUCUCUCUCUCUCUCUCUCUCUCCCUCUCUCUCUCUCUCUCUCUCUCUCUCUCUCUCGCUCGCUCUCUAUCUAUCUAUCCAUCUAUCUAUCUCGCUCUAAAGGUGUCUGGUUUUUGUGCGUGGGGUGGGUGGUGCAGGAACUACAACUACGGCCCGGCGGGGAGGGCGCUGGGGUUCGACGGGCUGAGGAACCCGGAGAUCGUAGCGAACAACUCGGUGGUGGCGUUCAAGACGGCGCUAUGGUUCUGGAUGACGAGACAGCCGCCAAAGCCGUCCUGCCAUGACGUCAUGGUCGGGAGGUACCGCCCCACCGCCGGCGACAUUGCCGCCAAUCGGACCGCCGGCUUCGGGCUCGUCACCAACAUAAUCAACGGCGGCCUCGAGUGCGGCAUCCCAGGAGACUCCCGGGUCAACGACCGCAUCGGAUUCUUUCGCCGCUACGCACAGAUCUUUGGCGUUGAUGUCGGCCCCAACCUCGACUGCGCAAACCAGAGGCCCUUCGGCUGA